UUUUUUUCUGAUCUGACGUUCUUGAUCAUUACAACAACACCAACGACAGCGACAACGACAUCGAACAAGCGUGCGUCCAAGGACAAGCAACAUCCAUUCAAACGACGAAUCGACAUAUUAGGGAAGGAGCAGAUUUACUAUCUACUGGUGAUGCUAUGGCGACAAGUACUUUUCAAACGGAUGCGGGUAUCUGCACUCAAGAUCCUCAUCAAAAGGCGGUACAUACAUUCAAAACUUGCAUGGGCGAAUUAACUGCAAGUCAUCGUGUACAAAC